ACUUGAAAAGACCCCGACCCGUCACGUUCAAAAAAUAAGUCUUUCGCUAACUUGCACGUCUCGUCCAAGGCCGAGCUACCUUCUACAUAAUCUGUAGUCUCUAUUUUUCGUCAUGAGCAUUGCUGGUCUGCGAGCGUCGUCUUCCCUUGCGAGUGCAUUGUCUGCAUGGAAGAGCACGAAAUGUCCAAGGCAAUUUUGGGGUGCACGGAGACACCUUCACUCUCGGAUAGAACUCGACUACAAUGUCGAUGAGGGCCUUGCAAAUUUUAUGUCGCCAAGGACGCUUAAAAUUGUUUCCGAGGAGUACCAGCAAGGUCUCCUCGACCGGUUGAACGAGAUGUUUCCUGAUGCUGCUGACCAGCGAAAGAGCGUCACGCAACUCGUGAUAGACACUGCUAGCUCUGGAAAAGAUGCCCUUGGCUUCUCCUAUGCAAGCCACGCCCUCAACAAUUCGUUCUUCCUCAACUGCCUUCGACCCCCAAAAAACGAUGAGGACUACGAAGAUAAGAUCCACAAUCUUCUCAUAGCCCCAUCCAUCCGCGCCCAAUUCGGUAGCUUGCCGCAUUUCAUCAAUAACUUUUCUUCCGCCGCCAGAGGAAUGUCGGGGUCGGGAUACAUCUGGUUUAUCACGGACGCCGUAGGCAACCUUGCCAUUCAGCCCACCUUCGCGGCCGGUACACUUCUUAUUCGCUCGCGUGCGUGCACGGAAAACCCUGCCGCUCGUCAUGAGGUGCUUCACGAGGGCAGGUUCCGUGAUGGCCCACAGCCAACGCAAUUGAAUACAGGGCUGGGCAACACACCGACAUCACCCACGUCAGGCAUGUCACAUGGCCCUGCGCCACUGCAUCCCUCUGCCCCCGUACGAACGCUGCACUCAUCACCGUGCAGCCACUUAGACGGCGCGCGUUCUUUCUAUGAUAAUGAGCCCGCAGAUCGGGCGCUUGACCCUUCCGCGAGGAGCCUACGUAACCUGGGUGAAAAGAUCUACCCCUUGUUCUGUGUCAGCAUCCACGAGCAUUGCUGGCUUCUCGACCAUGGAGUGUGGGGUAAGGAGAAAUACAUGAAGGAGUUCUGGAGCGUACUGAACUGGGAAGCGGUUAACGAACGGUACCUGACAUUCACCAAUACGAAAUUUGGCCCUCAACCAUUGCGAAAGUAGGUGGAUGGGGAUGCAGGAAUUUAGGGUGUUUUGGCGUAAUUCACUGCUCAAUUUACUUAUAUCUGCGACAUCCAUACUUAUACCGUCCAUUUAAACUUUUUCCGCAUAGCGGAAUGCUAUUGAUUUCAUGCGGUAAUCAUCAUGAUAAGUUGGCAGAUCGCCGCAUCUUUGAUCGGCCUUCGACAGACC